UUCUGAGUGUUUCAGCAGAAGCUCACUGAAUAUUUUAUACUUUUUUUUUUUUGCUGUAUGUCAUCUGAAAGCAGACUCAAUGAAAUGAGAGAGAGAGAGAGUGAGAGAGAGACAGAGAGAGAGAGAAAGAGAGAGAGAGAGGGAGAGAGAGCGAAAGAGAGAGAAAAAUGGUUCUAAAUCAGUGCUUCCUCUGUUUCAUUCCAAAAAGGAAGAAAAAAGAAAAGGGGUUUUGAGUUCAGUGUUACUCCCAGCUACUAUUAGAUAUGCCACUGUGACCUCCAUCCAAUAUGCAUAACACACACAAAUACACACCACAGGGGGGGUGAGUUUUUUUGUUUACAUAGUUUUUUAAAAGGUGAUCUGUGGUCUAAGCAGGUGCAUGCUUAAGAUCUACCCAUCCCUUCCGCCCACCCACACACCCACUCAUUCUUUCUGUGAGAUACUCUUAUGACCUGAUUAGAGCUGUGCUUCCAUAAAACACCAGUGUUCUCGAACAGUGUAUUUCUGGUAUGAAGCAUGAAGCUAUCGGCCGCUCAGUGGUCCAGCCAAUGUCAUACGCCAACUUCUCGACCACCUUCUCUGCCAGAGCCUAUGUCAGGUUGUCGCAUUGAAGUCAAGGCAGAGAGCUGCAUGGCAACGGCGAAAGGAUGCUUGGAGAUAGAGGGAGAUGCGAGAUGAGGGAGGGUACUCCAGGUCCCACGUGCCCUCUCCACCGCAGAGCCGUUCAUUUUUCCGACUGCCCCGCGUUUCCGCAUACCGCAUACUCACGCACACACAUAGGCCAUUCACAUAUACACACACCCCUCCAAGCACCAUGUCCAUCAUACGUGCAUGGCGCCUGACAAGUAACUGAUUUUCACAUUUGUUUAACCAACAUCGAUUCUUCACCAUAUAUUUUUCUUUUAACUGCAGCGCCACCCUGUCUCAGAUUUAACCGUAAUGCGCCUGCCCGCCUAGGUUUUAAGCGGUAAGACAGGAGAGGAGGGUCGUGAAAACAGAUAUUUCCUCACCAGCAUUUUGCUACUCGCUUUUCGCUUUUCCUUGUGGUGCUGCUGCUGGGUUCGUUUUUCAUCGUGAAUUCGCCUAUUCGUAGCGCUAUUGCUCGAUGUGGGAGCACGGGACUACGUGAACAGGAUGCUCGCAGUGCGGUGCCUUGUGUUUGCUGCAGUGAGCGCGAGGCUUUCCGUGACAGGCAGUGGCGGCGAUUCUUUGGCGCGAGAUGCAAGUGUGUGGGACUGGGUUUUCCCGGAGAAAGAGCGGGGGGAGAGUAGCGCGGUGGCUGAGGAAUUCGUCCGUCCUCACCGGCUCUUGUUGCAGCGCUACUCGGAGGGGGAGACAGCCAACCCCCAACUUGAUACCCGUUUGAGGGACAUCCCCGACAUCGCUACGCCGGUUCAUUUGGCCCAGAGUAGUUUCCAGGUGGAGGCCUUUGGAAGCAGCUUCACUCUGGACCUGGAGCUGAACCAUGAUCUGCUGUCAUCAGAUUAUGUGGAACGGCACUUUGAUGAGCAGGGAAAGCCGUCACAAUCUGCGGGAGGAGAGCACUGUUACUACCAUGGCAAGCUGAGAGGAGUUCCAGGCUCCUGGGCGGCUCUGUCAACAUGCCAUGGCCUAUAUGGACUGUUUUCAGAUGGGCUGUAUUCUUAUGGCAUCCGGCCAGUUUUAAAUGGGAGCCGCCAGGUGGAUGGAACCCAUCGAAUCAGCAAGAUGGCCGAUGUGAAACUCCACCCUCUACCCCCCUCCUGCCCAGGUUGUACUCAGGAUGAGCAAGACAGUCAAAAGUAUGGAGAAGAAGAAGAUGAUGGUUACUAUGGUGACAGUCUUGACACUCAAAAAAGGCCAGAACACACUAACGGACUCAGACGCUCCAAGAGAAGGGCUUGGAGGCCCAGGGUACAGACUGAGACCAAGUACAUCGAACUCAUGGUUAUCAAUGACUUUGAGAUGUUUGUGCUGAUGAAACGCUCUACGGCCCAGAGCAGGAACUUUGCUAAAGCUGUGGUGAACAUGGCCGACGCGAUUUAUAAGGAGCAGCUGAACACCCGCAUUGUGCUGGUUGCCAUGGAGACGUGGUCGUCGGGAAACCCGGUUCCCGUGGUGGUGGACCCGCUGGUGACCCUGGAGAACUUCAUGAAGUACCGCAAGGAGAGCGUGAAGGAGGAGGCCGACGUGGUGCACCUUUUCUCGGGAACCACGUUCCAGAGCAGCCGGAGCGGAACAGCUUAUUCAGGGGGUGUGUGUUCUCUCACCAGAGGAGGUGGCAUCAACGAGUAUGGAAAUGUAUCCCCUAUGGCCAUCACCCUUUGCCAGAGUUUAGGCCAGAACCUUGGCAUGAGGUGGAACAACAUCCGCAGCUCUGCAGGUGACUGCAAGUGUCCAGAUGCCUGGCUGGGCUGCAUCAUGGAGGACACUGGAUACUACCUCCCACGGAAGUUCUCUCGCUGUAGCACGGACGAGUACAUGCAGUUUCUGCUCCAGGGGGGUGGGAGCUGCCUCUUCAACAAGCCCAGCAAGCUCUUGGAUCCUCCGGAGUGUGGCAAUGGUUUUGUGGAGCCGGGCGAAGAAUGUGACUGUGGCUCACAAGUGGAGUGUGCCCGCAGUGGAGGAGCCUGCUGUAAGAAGUGCACUCUGACCCAUGAUGCCAUGUGCAGUAAUGGCCUGUGCUGCAGGGAAUGCAGGUAUGAGCUGAGGGGGGCGGUGUGCAGGGAUGCGCUGAAUGACUGCGACAUCCAGGAGACGUGCGCUGGGGACUCCAGUCAGUGUCCACACAACGUGCACAAGCUGGACGGAUACAUGUGUGACAGCAACCAGGGACGGUGCUAUAAUGGCCGCUGUCGGACACUAGAUGGGCAGUGCAGAGGCCUGUGGGGCUUUAACGCUGCCGACCGGUUCUGCUAUGAGAAGCUGAAUGCGGAGGGCACAGAGAAGGGGAACUGUGGGCCCAGCCCUGGAGGACAGGGAUGGAUGCAGUGCAAUAAACCGGAUGUGUUGUGUGGUUUUCUGUUCUGCUCCAACAUGACCGCUAAGCCCAAGUUUGGGGACCUGCAGGGGGAGGUGACCAGCCUGACCAUCUACCACCAGAGCAAGUAUCUGGACUGCCGCGGAGGGCACGCAGUGCUGGAGGACGGGUCAGAUCUGGGCUAUGUGGAGGAUGGGACUCCCUGUGGGCCCAACAUGAUGUGCCUGGAGCGCCGCUGCCUCCCGCUGACCGCCUUCAACCUCAGCACCUGCUCCGGCUCCAACAACGGUGGCAUCUGCUCCGACCACGGGACCUGCAGUAAUGAGGUGAAGUGCAUAUGUAACAGAGACUACACAGGGAAGGACUGCAGUGUGUUUGACCCCAUCCCAGACCCUACGCCUCCCCCUGGCCCAGAUAAGAAAGGUCCCAGUGGUACCAAUAUAAUCAUAGGCUCCAUCGCGGGGGCUAUUCUCCUGGCAGCCAUAGUCCUGGGGGGGACAGGCUGGGGAUUUAAGAAUAUCCGAAGAGGAAGAUCUGGAGGAGCCUAAGAUCCCUCUCUUCCUCUGUCUGUUGUCUCCGUCUCCGUCCCACUGCCUAUCUGUCUGCUCUGUCUUCCUCAUAACCACGUCCUUUCCACCUCGGAGAAGAAUAAGUCUUCCAUCCCUGACCUUCCCCUUUAAGAACAUCAGGCUCUGAACUGCUUCCAGUCUUUCUCGUCCUCUGAUUGGUCUGGUUUUCUGUCUGUCUGUAAUGGCUUGUCGUUUGGGCAGUGGAGCAACUCCUCCCAUUAUCUUCCAACCAAUCACGUCUCUUCGGGUGGCCAUCAGUCAUCGGAUUGACAACAUGGUCAUUCCUAGAAAGAGAGGAGGGUGGUCCUUAAAGUUUGAAGACAGCUGUGUGUGUGUGUGUGUGU